CUCUCUCUCCUCUCCUCUCUCCUCUCCUCUCCUCUCUCUCUCUCUCAUCCGGAAGCAGCAUCACUGGUGAGAUAAGGGACAAACCUCCUCCCUCCCUCCAAAGUUUGCAAAUUUCCAAAAACCCACCACCACCACCACCACCACCACCACCACCACCACCAUGCUUUCGGUAACAGCAAACUCUCUCAAACCCUUCUCAUCUUUCAACCCCACCACUACCACAACCUUCUUAUCCUCCACCACCUUCCUCAACCCCCACCCACCACCCCUACACCACACCAAACCUCUUUCCCCGAAACCCAUCUCCGCCACUCUCACUCCCUCCUCCAGCUCCCAACAGCAGCAACAACAACUCUACCAGCCAUUCCGGCCGCCCCCAUCUCCAAUCCCCUCCAAAUUCCGCUCCCUCGACGCCAAUGGCCGCCUCGAGAUCCUCGCCAACCGCCUCGGCCUCUGGUUCGAAUUCGCCCCCCUAAUCCCCUCCCUAACCCAAGAAGGCUUCACUGCCCCCACCAUCGAAGAAAUCACCGGCAUUUCCAGCGUCGAGCAGAACCGCCUGGUGGUGGCGGCGAAGGUGAGGGACUCUUUAAUCCAAUCUAACACCGACCCAGAAAUCGUUUCCGAAUUCGACGUGAGGGGUUCCGAAUUGCUGUACGAAAUUCGGCUCCUGAGUGUCCAGCAGCGAGCUGCUGCUGCCCGUUUCAUAAUUGAGAACAAGCUUGAUGCCAAAGGAACUCAGGAUUUGGCCCGUUCGAUAAAGGACUUCCCUCGUCGGGGGACCGAAAACGGUUGGGAGAGCUUUGACUAUGCCAGCGCUGGGGAUUGUUUAGGGUUUAUGUAUUUUAGGCAGGCGAGGGAGCACAAGAAUCCAUCUGAACCUAGAACUGCUGCUUUAGAGCAGGCAUUGAAGGUUGCACAGACCGAUAAGGCUAAAAAGGUAAUUUUGAAAGAGUUGGAGGGAGAGAGUGAGGAGAAGGAGGAGGAGGACGAUGUUGCAGUAGGGGUUCGGGUUCCGGUUGUGAGGUUGAAGUUUGGGGAGGUGGCAGAGUCGACUAAAGUUGUGAUCUUGCCAGUUUGUAGGGCGGAGGAGAAGGAUAAGGAGGUUAUGGAGGCCCCGUGGGAGUGUAGGAGUGAGGGGGAGCUUGGGGUUAUUGUGGCAGAGAAGGGGUGGAAGAGGUGGGUGGUGUUGCCGGGUUGGGAGCCGGUGGUGAGUUUAGGAAAGGGCGGAGUUGUGGUGUCGUUUGGUGACGCGAGGGUUUUGCCUUGGAAGGUGAAUAGGUGGUAUAAGGAAGAGCCUAUUCUGGUGGUGGCUGAUAGGAGCAGGAGGGAGGUGGAAGCUGAUGACGGGUUUUAUUUGGCAGCAGUGGAUGGUGAGGGUUUGGGGUUUAAGGUUGUAAGGGGAUCGGCAUUGAAGGAAACUGGUGUGGAGGAGAGUUUAGGGACUGUGGUGCUGAUAGUGAGGCCACCAAGAGACGAGGCAGACGAUCAAUUGAGCGAAGAGGAUUGGGAGUAGAAGUGUAAGAGUAUGGUCCUUGUAUAUCACUCUUGUUACAAAGGAGAUUCAUACAACUCAUAUAAGGAUUUUCGGUAAGGUUUAACCAGAUUAGUCGUCAUUGUUUCAGAAUUACUCUCUUAGGAGGUUUUGAACUGUUUUUUGUAUGUUUAUCUUAUGUUCUGAAUAUUAAACGAUUUUCGACUUCACUAGAUAUGUUAUCUUUUGUAAUGUGUGUUCAUUCUGUGUAUCGUAAUGAGCUCAUUCCGUUUCAAUAACAAAACAGAACAGUAA